CCACACAAGUUUCACUUCAUGUUUCAUCCAAUUGGCUGUUUAAUGUAAAUGUCUCAAUUUCAUGUGCACAUGCCCAAGUAUUUAAAGGCUGAGUUGACAAGAGACAGAAACACUUCAAGAUUUGAGCCACAGGUUUAUAUACAGACGCCCUACAAAACCCUGCAGACAAAAGACCAGUUUUGGAGCUAGAAAUUGAGGUCAUACAAAUGCAUCCGUCUGCUGUGAUUCUUCUGCUGGUCUUGUGUGCCUCAUUGUCCACUGAUGCUCAAGAUGUACAGGAACGAUAUGAGAAUUUCCUGAAUCAGCACGUGUAUGGUAACAUGAAUGAGCAUAUCUGUGACAGUGUGAUUCGCAGUAGACACAUCACACGACCCAAUUCGAAUGAAUGCAAAGAUGUUAACACCUUUAUACAAGCAAAUGGAAACACAGUUACAUCAGUUUGUACUGGUGGUGGAAGGAUAUAUAAUAACCAAAGAAACCUGUAUAUAAGCCUAAAUCCUUUCCCUGUUAUUACAUGCAAAUUAAAAAAGGGGGCUAGACGCCCAAAGUGUGUAUACAGAGGUCGCAAGUCCACUCGUUAUAUUGUUGUAGCAUGUGAACAAGGCUUGCCAACACAUUAUGACGAAGGCAUUAUUAAUAAUUAGUUAUUGCGAAAUAAUGUCUUUCUUAUGCUUGAAAGUAUCAUUUCCAUUUACACCUUUACUGUAGAUCUGUUUAAAAAGCAGUAAAAUGUGUGCAUCUCUGUGUGUCUAUGUGUGCUACCAACAAAUACUAAACGUGUUUGUUAGCACACCUGUCUGUGCAAAUAUUCAAUAAAAAUUCUCUCACCACU